AUGGCCACAGCUGACCACACUACUGAUGGUCAAAUGGAUGAGCUGAAUAGUGAAGAGGGUACGCCAACAAGGUCACAUAGCCGGCAGAUCAAAUCGGUUUCGAAAUCGAACAUCAGAGAUGGCGGUGGUGACGCUGAUGAUUUCGAUGCUUGGAUUAAAUCGCGCCAGUUACUCAAGCCAGAUGAUCAGUUGGAGUUAACAGAAGCUGAGUUGGCCGAGGAGGUGACUAGGGUGCUGACCACAACAAAUACAAAUGUCAUACACAAUUUGGUUGUGUACAGCUUCAAGGAUAGCGCCUUCGUUCAGGUGCCGAUUGCYGGAAACACUGUAACACUAAUGCAAAUGGAGGGCAGUGCCUUGCAUAUAGAUUCGGAUGAAGCGAAAAUACAAAUGGAGGAGAUGGGCGAAAUCGGGUACCCAUUACCCACACUUAUUGGUUCCUUCGUUGAGGCUGAAGUUGAAGACAGAAAAAGUCGUAUUCCUAAAGUGGAGGAAGAGGAAGAAGAGGAUGAGGAGAAGGCAGCAAAGCAAGCUAAAGAAGCGGAUGAAGAAAUGGCUGAGGAAGAGCUAGAGGGUGAAGAAGAAGAGGCAGUUGAGGAAGGCGCUGCAGAUGCUGAGRCUGCAGCAGCUGAGGAGGGCGGAGAAGCGGCAGGAGCGCCAACUGCARCACCGGCAACGGGUGGACGAAAGCGCAAACUAUUAAAUCAGUUUAAUUUCUGUGAACGUUCCGCGUUAACGUAUACCAAUCCGAGAAGGAGUGUAGAAACACAAACCAUACCUCCACCCCGCUCUCAGUAUGGCGCCAAUGUCUUGCAAUGGAAGAUUUACGACAGCUAUGCUGAGGACUUUGAACAGCAGCAAAAGGAGAAGGAGAAGAAGGACGAUAAGCGGGGCGGACAUCGAAAAGAUGUCGGCGCGAAAAAGUUAGAUAAGGCAGCCGAAGCCGAACUGCUCAAUAAAAAGUAUCUCAAGGCGUGGCAGAUAUUGGAACGCAUGAUAAAUCAAAAUAUAUACGAGGAGAUCGCCAACGACUAUCGUUAUUGGGAAGAUCCGGCUGAUGAAUACCGAGAGCAAGAGGGCACCUUGCUACCGCUUUGGAAAUUCAACUAUGAUCGCAUACGAAAAUUAAGUGUCACCGAUUUGCUAUUCAAUCCAAUGUAUUACGAUUUAUUUGCAGUAUGCUACGGUUCGCAUGAGUUCAUGAAGCAACCGAAUGAGGGCGCGAUUUGCUUUUUCACCGUGAAGAACCCCUCCUAUCCGGACUAUAUAAUAUCGACGGAGAGCGGCGUCAUGUGUUGCGAUAUCCAUCCGACGUAUCCGUUUUUAGUCGCAAUAGGCAUGUACGACGGCAGUGUGGCGGUCUAUAAUUUAAGAGAGAACUAUGAGAAGCCGCUUUAUCUGUCGGUGGGUGUACACAAUAAGCAUUCGGAAUGUGCAUGGGAGAUCAAAUGGGGUCCCGAUAUGGCGGACGGUGAGAUAAAUUUUUACUCCGUCUCAACGGAUGGUCGGGUYUUCAACUGGGUACUCAUGCAGAAUGACUUCAUGAUUACGACAAUAACAACGCUCUUUCUUACGAACGGCAUUGUUGAGGGACCCGACGGCACCGAAGUACAGUUACGCAGUUGUGGUUCUUGCAUGAAAUUCCAUCCGACCAAUCCGGAAAUCUAUCUAGUCGGCACCGAAGAGGGUCUCAUCUACAAAUGCAGCAUCGCGUAUAGUUCGAAAUAUUUAAUGACGUACAAUGCACAUCAUCUCACUGUCUAUCGCAUCGAUUUCAAUCGCUACAAUUCGAAUAUUUUCAUUUCGUGCAGCGGCGAUUGGCGCGUCAAAGUGUGGGAGGAUAUGCGUCCGGAACCGCUGUUCAUUUUCGAUCUCGGCUCCUCUGUGGGCGAUGUCAAGUGGGCGCCCUUCUCGAGCACGGUUUUUGCCGCCUGCACCAACGAGGGCAAAGUGUUCGUCUUCGAUUUGAAUGUGAACAAGUACAAGCCGAUUUGUGUGCAAGCCGUCGUCCCGAAACGCAAGAAUAAGCUAACGCGUUUGGUAUUCAAUGAGAAUCUGCCUUUCCUUAUUGUCGGCGAUGAUAAGAGCACUGUGACCUCGUUAAAGCUAUCGCCCAAUUUGCGUCUGAUGGUGAAGCCGCCCAAAAAGCAACAGUAUCUCGAUCAAAAUACGCUGCAGGUGCAAAAGUUGGACAAACUGCUGUCGCUGGUGCGUGAAUUGCCAAACGAUAUGAUAGUGCCCGAUGCACCCACCACGACGAAGAGCUAGAAGUCGGCGCGAUACUACUGAGACUGCUUACGUAACCUUAAUAUAUUUUUGUAAUCUAUAAAUAUUGUUUUUGUAAUCUAAAAAAAAUAUUGUUUUUGAAUUUUGUUUUUCACGAGCCGAGGCGCUUUGUUUCGCUAAAGCCUUUGCGAAUAACUGUAUAAAAAAUCUGUUAUAAUCAGCGCCGAAAAUAAAUGA